AGCAACUAGCACUGUAGGGACACUGCUGUCAACAGACCCAUGUCCCCAGCAUCUAAUGCAUUAACAGGUCUUUCAUCACCAGCGCCAUCUGUUAGCUCUAUAACAUCUCCUGUGCUGGCUCCACCCCCACGUGCUGAUAGAUAUGCUGAGCUGAGUGAAAUUCUUAAUGAAACUGAAGGGGAUACUCCACCUGCCCUUCCUCCAAGAACGGGUGGAGGCUCGUCAAGUCGUGGAUCCACGCCCACUCCAACAAUGGCAAUACCCCGACCACCAUCAAGAAAAGCACUGGAGGGGCCAUCUCCAAGGGGACGCCAAAGUCCUGCAACAGUAUCCGGACUCUCCCGAGCAGAAUCAGUGUCGAGUUUAGAAUUCCGCACCUCCAGCAUGGUGGGAACAUCCCGUGGGCCAUCUCCCCUCACAAUUGGGUUGUCUGACACCAUACCUAUUGCAGUUGCAUUCCAAGAGCUGUGCCAUGCCUAUUUUAGAGGCAGUGAUGAGUCCAAGUGUCAGGUGAAAGUUACAGGAGAAAUGAUGGUAUCCUUUCCAGCGGGUAUUGUUGGUGUCUUGGCCAAUAACCCCUCCCCUGCUCAGCUAUCAUUUAGGGUUAAUAAUUUUGCCAGAGUUACAAAUGUCUUACCCAACAGACAACUUAUUACCAUGGAUACAGAACAGUCAACUGAGGAAUGUGGUGCAUUUGACUUCAACAUGCCAGCUCUCACUGCUCUACUUCGAAAGCAAGCAGAAAGUAACCCUUCAGCAUCCUAUUUUAAUGUGGACAUGAUAAAGUACCAGGUUAAUAUUGGAAGUGGAGCUCAGUCAUCGCCGCUGCAGCUGGUUUCGUAUUGGAAAUGUGAAGACUCCCACACAGAUUUACGCAUAGACUAUAAGUAUAAUCCUCAUGCCAUUGCUUCACCAUCUCCAUUGCUCAAUCUGAACAUUAAGGUGCCGGUGGAUGGUGUUGUUGGAAAUAUGCAGUCAAAGCCUUCAGGACAGUGGCUGAAAGACGAGCAGAAAGCUAUGUGGAAGAUGACAGAGUUGUCACAGCACUCGACUGGUUGGUGUGGGGUCACUGAGAGCAAAGUUGAAGUCGCAGCUGGGCCAUCCACACCAGCCACUGUAUCGGCUUAUUUCAACUGUGAAGGGACAACUGUAUCUGGGCUAGAAUUUAGUCUGUUUGGCUCAGGGUAUCGAGUUUCACUUAUAAAGAAGAGAUUUGUCUCAGGCAAAUACAUCUGUGAUGCAGAUGCUGUGUUAAGACUACGAUAUGGCUCGAUCCCUAGUUAGUAUUAUAAGAUAUAUAUAUAGACAUUAAGUUUUAUUGAAUGAAAGAUUAUGAUAAAUGCAAAGAGUGUAAUGUACAGCAUUUGGUGACAUACUACACAUAGUAGAAAUAGCUAAAGUGGGACAGUAUCUCUGACUUUUAUGUGAUUAUGUGUCUUUUACAACACUCUGCCUCAUAUUCUUGUACUUUUCUCACCGAUUCAUUUCCUUCAGGUCACUCUUAAAUAAAAAACAGUUACAGAAUAAUGGAACCCAGUAAAAAUAAAGCUUAGGAUACCAGUAGAGAAAAGAAGUGCAUUCUUUAAAAUUAUGCCCAUUAAUUUAUUUUGCAAAGGAAGAAUUGUUUUUUGUAUUCAUAUAUAUAUAAUGAUUAUUUCUUAAUUUCUGAUGAUGAUUUCUUGGAAUAACUUUUUUUUUGCAAUGUCUCUAAUAAUUGGAAUUACAAAAAGGGUCAGCAUGAUUAAAAUGUACCAAAAAGGUUGUUUGUGUGAAAGAUACUGGUAACACGAAAUGAUUCCUAAAAGGGGUGCACAAGAGGAAGUAAUGAUGCAUGAGGUAAUGUCCAUGUUUAGGACCUUCUUAUACACUAUGUUCUAGCCCUUAUAUCUUCAUCAAGAGAGUAAUGAUCUCGUUCAGAUGAAGUAUGUUAUUUUCAGUGGAGGAGUGUAGUACAAUUCUUUGAGCUUCAGAAGCUGAAUGUCUCUAGUUGAUUCACAAGGGUUUUCCUUUUUGUUAAACUUUUCUCUUGAUCUACAAAUAUUUUUUUUUUUUGCAACUCUGGUGAUAUUCUGAAUGGAAACUGUCUGGAAGUUCAAGAUUGCCACUUUAUAUUUGCAUCAGUUUCAACCUAGGAUGUCAUAGUCCUUCACUUUAUCUUGUUUCAGAGAAUAUCUAGGACCUAGC